GGCCCCCAGGCCUGUGGGGAGCCUCAUUUCUGUAGAGGCAGCCCCAGGCUCUUCGGAUGUUUCCUGUGGGUUUGGGGCUGAGAGCCUCUUAGGGCCCUCGAGGGGUGGGGAGGGGAGGGGGAGGUGUCACUUGUCGCUUUUCUGAGGUUGAAAAGUUUCCUGUGGCUCAGAGAACUCUUCAGCAGAGCCCAGCAGUGGAUGCUCAGCACAGCUCCUGUUCUUGGAGCUGUGGCCUGGGCUCCUGCCUGUCCAUGUUGUUUAGCCCCGCCCACCCCUGGCCAUGAUGCCAAUGGCUCUGAAUGACACAGGAAGUCACUUGGUUGUCCAGUUUUGGGACCAUCACCAGCCGCUGGCCGUGGCUUACAGCGUGGUCUCUGCCGUGGGCCUGGCCGAGAAUGUUGUGGCUGGUAGCCACCUCCUGUUGCGGCUGAAGCGCUCUGGCCCCACGUCUGUGCUCCUGCUGAGCAUGACAGUGGCUGCCACAGCCUUCGUGUGUGCCUUGCCCCUGCGAAUCCACUACCAUCUGCGUGGGGGUGACUGGCGUUCUGGCGAGCUGGCCUGCCGGCUGAGUGCCGCCCUCCACUGGGCCUUCAUGUACCUGAGCACCGCUUCUUUCCUCUGCCUCAGCCUGGACAGCUACAUGGCGGUGGCCCACCCCUUCACACGCCUCCGGCUUCACAAGGCCCACUGGGCUGUGGGGAACGUACUGCUCUGGGUGCUUGCUGGGGGUGUGGCCAGCCCCCUGGCCCUGGGCGGCUCCCUAACCCAGACCAACCCUGAUAAUCGGACCUCCUGCUUUGAGAAUUUUGUGGAAGAUGUGGGGUCUGGGUCGUACAGCACCUACGCACUGGUGGUGGGCUUCCUGGUGCCCUGCACCAUCGUCCUGGGUGGCUACCCCCUGCUGGCCUGGCGCGUGGCCCGUGGCCACAGGGUGUGGCGCUGCCGCAGGGCCCUCAGGACCCUCGGCUUCAGCAUGCUCGUAUGUGCCCUCUGCUUCCUGCCCUACUCCCUCACCCACCUGCUGCGACGCCUCACCAGCCCCAGCCCCUUCCUUAGCCACCUGCGUCGGGUAACACUGCUGCUGGUCAGCCUGGGUUCCUGCCUCAGCCCCGUCAUCUGCCUGCCCUGGGUGUCCCGGGCUGGCUGCCGGUUCUGGGCUCGCCUCUGCUCCCGCAGGCCCAAGAAGAUCUUUACCAUCUACAAUGGCAAGCUGGUGGAAUCCCCCUGCCCCCCACUGAGAUACAGCCAGGCACUAGGGUGGGGUAGUCAGUUUGAGAGCUAUGGAGAGAGCCAGGCUGGAGAAGUGGGCCUUGGGGCAAGCAAGGACAAGUGCCCCAAAGAGGCUACCCUGGCCAUUGGUCACCUACACUGAGCCAAGCAUGGGGACACCGGUAUGAAGAACGUAACCAUUCCUCCUCACAAGGAGCCGGCCAGCUGACCGUGGAGGGAGGGGACCUGGACCUGCAGCCCUGCUUGGGAGCCUCGGGAUGGCAAAGCCGCCCCCUGCACCAGCCAGAGGUCAGGAGGGAAGUCCACGUUCUCUUUCUAGAUCGCCCACCAGCCUCUUCUGCCUUGUAAGCAGGGCCCUGCUGCCCUGAGCCAAUCAGAGAGAGGGAGGCAGGGCAGCCCGGGCCUCACCCCCACCCAUCUGCCCGUCACUGAAGGGCUGGCACUUCUACACUUGCCACUUUGGCCCCGAGAAGCAGGUUCAUUUGGUGGGGAGAGACAAAUGACCAUGGGACCCAAUUCCCGAGUUAAGGGGUCACUGCUACAGAUGAAUAAAAGAAGGGGAAGAA